AAACCUGGCAGCCUCCCCCCAAGGCACAAGAAUGCAGAGCUACAGGAUACAGGGUGUCAGACCCAAGAUCUCAACUUCCUGUAUCCCACAGAAAGUAUUGGGAACAAUGUUCAUUCUCCUUGUGUGGAUUACAACUGUUUCUCCCCUUGUCAUUCUGCCAGAGGAACCCACAGUGGCUCAAAAGAAGUGUCAAUUUCGUGGCAAACAUUUCAAAAGCUACUUCAAGGUGGAAGGGGAGCCUGUAAUCUUGAGGUGCCCCCAGGUGAAAAGUUGGCAGUGGCCCUCCAUCCCACCCAAUGUCAACUUGAUGUGGCAUAGAAAUGAUUCUGCUCAUCUGGUUCCAGUGGGAGAAGGUUCCCGUGUCCAGAUACAGGAUGCUACUCUCUGGUUCCUGCCUGUCUGGCAGGGGGACUCUGGCACCUAUGUCUGCACGCUGAGAAAUGCCUCUCACUGCAACGAGAUGUCCGUGGAGUUGAGGGUGUUUGAGAAGACAGAUGCUUCCCUGCCUUUCAUGUCGUACCCGCAGAUCCUCACCUUGUCAACCUCAGGGCUGCUGUUCUGCCCUGAGCUCAGUGAAUUCACCCAGGACAAAACCGACUUGAAUAUUCAGUGGUACAAGGGUUCUGUCCUUUUGGAUGAAGACAAGAAGUUUGUAAGUGUGAGAGGAACCACUCGCUUACUCAUACUUAAUGUGUCUGCGGAGGAUGCGGGCUAUUAUACCUGUAGCAUGGCAUUUAUUCACCAAGGUGUUCACUACAACAUCACCAGGAUCAUCGAGCUGCGCGUCAAUAAAAGGCUAGAGGAGACGAUUCCUGUGAUUAUUUCUCCCCACCAGACCAUACUGGCUUCACUGGGUUCCAAACUGAUGAUCCCAUGUAAGGUGUUUCUUGGGUCCGGUGUCCAGUCGACCACCAUGUUGUGGUGGAUGGCCAACAACACCAAUAUAGAGACGGCCUACCCGGGACGCCGGAUCAUCGAGGGCCCACGCCAGGAAUACACAGAAAAUAAUGAAAACUACAUUGAAGUGCCACUCAUUUUUGACCCAGUCAAAAGAGAGGAUUUGAACAUGGAUUUCAAAUGUGUUGUCUCCAAUACACUGAGUUUUCAGACGCUACGUACCACAGUUAAAGAAGCUGCCACGUUCUCCUGGGGGAUUGCCCUGGCCCCGCUGUCGCUUGUCCUUUUGGUUCUGGUGGGGAUAUGGAUGCACAGACGGUAUAAACAAAGAACUGGAAAAUCAUACUGUUCAACCUUGUUAAAACCCGGCCAUCAAGAUUUUCAAUGCCACCCAACUAAAAUGAAAGAAAUAAAGUAG